AUGGACCCAGAACUUCAGGCCAUUCGCGAAGCUCGGCUACAAGAGCUGAAGCGUCAUUCAGGCUCUCUUAACGAAUCUGCUCCAGACCAAAAACCUGCCGGUGAUGCAGUAGCGUCUCUGCUCCAGCCCCAGGCUCUCGAACGCCUGUCGCGUGUCUCUCUGGUCCGUCCCGACCGUGUACGUGCCGUCGAAGCGUAUCUACAACAACUUGCUACCCGGGGCCAGAUAACCCGCAAAAUCUCCGAGCAAGAGAUUGUGGAGAUUCUCAACGGUGUGGCCCGAGAUGAGAAUCGCAAGAACUCUACCAAGAUCAUCUUUGAUCGUAGAGAUCAAGUCUCAUCGACGGGACUGAACUCAGCUUCUAAAUCAGGGAUCAUUCACCACGACGACGACGACGAAGACGACUUUUUUGAUUGA